AUGCGUCCCGAGGUGGAGCAGGAGCUCUCGCACACGUUGCUCAUCGAGCUGCUUGCAUACCAGUUUGCUUCGCCCGUCAGGUGGAUUGAGACGCAAGAUGUCAUCCUCGGCGAGAAGACCACAGAGCGCAUCGUUGAAAUCGGCCCCGCAGACACGCUUGGUGUCAUGGCGAAGCGGACACUCGCCAGCAAAUACGAAGCACACGAUGCAGCGCUCUCAGUGCAGCGCCAAAUUCUGUGCUACAACAAGGACGCAAAGGACAUCUACUACGACGUAGACCCCAUCGAGGAGGAGCCAGAGGCCCCGGCUGCCAGCAGUGGAGGAGCUCCAGCAGCGCCCUCUUCUGCGGCAUCAGCACCAGUCGCUGCAGCUCCCCCACCACCAGGCGCUGGACCUGCAGCACAGGUGCCCGAUGCGCCAGUCACAGCCACCGACAUUGUGCGGGCCUUGGUCGCCCAGAAGCUGAAGAAGGCUCUCAUGGACAUUCCGCUGAGCAAGGCCAUCAAGGAUCUUGUUGGAGGCAAGUCCACGCUUCAAAAUGAGAUCCUCGGAGACUUGGGCAAGGAAUUUGGCUCAACGCCCGAAAAGCCCGAAGACACCCCCCUCGACGAGCUCGGUGCUUCGAUGCAGGCUACCUUCAAUGGUCAGCUUGGAAAGCAGUCCUCCUCCCUCAUUGCCCGCAUGGUGUCCUCCAAGAUGCCCGGUGGCUUCAACAUCACAGCCGUGCGAAAGCACUUGGAGACAAGAUGGGGCUUGGCCCAAGGUCGCCAGGACGGCGUUCUGCUGUUCGCCAUUACCAACGAGCCGGCAGCACGUCUGGGCUCAGAGAACGAUGGAAAGGCCUUCUUGGACGAGCAGGCGAACAAAUACGCGGCCAUUGCUGGAAUCAACUUGUCCGCUCCUACGGCAGGCGGAGACGCUGCAGGCGCGGGUGGUGGUAUGAUGAUGGACCCUGCUGCCAUUGACGCACUCACCAAAGACCAGCGCCAGCUGUUCAAGCAGCAACUGGAGCUGUUUGCGAGAUACCUGAAGAUCGACCUUCGCUCGGGCGACAAGUCUUUCGUCGAUUCGCAAAAAACACAGUCGGCCCUCCAGGCUCAGUUGGACCUUUGGACCACGGAGCAUGGCGAGUUCUACGCUACUGGCAUCGAGCCCCAGUUCACACCCCUCAAAGCGCGUGUAUACGACUCGUCGUGGAAUUGGGCACGUCAGGACGCCCUCAGCAUGUACUACGACAUCAUCUUCGGCAAGCUCAAGGCCGUGGACCGCGAGAUUGUCAGCCGCUGCAUCGCCAUCAUGAACCGAUCGAACCCGCUCCUCCUCGAUUUCAUGCAGUACCACAUGGACCAUUGUCCCACAGAGCGCGGCGAAACAUACGAGCUCGCAAAGGAGCUCGGCCAGCAGCUCAUCGACAACUGCAAGGACGUGCUGAAUGAGGCUCCCGUAUACAAGGAUGUCGCUGUCCCCACGGCUCCACAUCUCGAGAUCGACGGCAAGGGCAACUUGAAUUAUGAAGAGGCCCCCAGAGCUAGCGUGCGCAAGCUAGAGCACUACGUACGGGAAAUGGCCGAAGGAGGAAAACUCUCCGAAUACGGCAACCGUACCAAGGUCCAAAACGAUCUACAGCGCAUUUACAAGCUAAUCAAGCAACAACACAAGCUUUCCAAGUCAUCCCAGCUGCAGAUUAAGAGCUUGUACAGCAAUGUCAUUCGCUCUUUGUCGAUGAACGAGGGCCAGAUCAUGCCCAGUGAGAAUGGCAAAGCCGCGCCCACCGCCAAGAAGGGCCGCAGUGGCCGCGUACACGGCUCGGCCAAGCAGGGCAAGGUCGAGACUAUACCUUUCCUGCACUUGAAGAGAAAGGACGACCACGGCUGGGAGUACAGCAAGAAGCUGACGGGCGUUUAUCUCGACUGUCUCGAGAACGCUGCACAGUCAGGUGUCACCUUCCAGGGCAAAUACGCCCUAAUGACAGGUGCUGGUGCUGGCUCCAUUGGCGCACAAGUCCUGCAGGGCCUCAUCAGUGGUGGAGCCAAGGUCGUGGUCACUACCUCUCGGUUCUCCCGCGAGGUCACCGAGUACUACCAGUCCAUGUACACUCGCUACGGUGCUCGUGGCUCUCAGCUCAUCGUUGUGCCCUUUAAUCAAGGCAGCAACCAGGAUGUUGAGGCAUUAGUCGACUACAUCUUUGACGUCAAGAAGGGUCUCGGUUGGGAUCUUGAUCUCAUCGUCCCCUUCGCCGCCAUUCCCGAGAAUGGCCGUGAGAUCGACAGCAUCGACUCCAAGUCCGAACUCGCUCAUCGCAUCAUGUUGACCAAUCUUCUUCGCAUGCUUGGCGCUGUCAAGAAGCAGAAGCAGGCCUAUGGCUACGAGACUCGCCCAGCCCAGGUCAUCCUACCGCUAUCUCCCAACCACGGUACCUUUGGUAACGACGGUCUGUACUCUGAAUCCAAGAUGUCUCUUGAGACUCUCUUCUCCAGAUGGCAUUCAGAGAGCUGGGGCAACUACCUCACCAUCUGUGGUGCUGUCAUCGGAUGGACUCGCGGCACUGGCCUUAUGGGCGCUAAUAACGUCGUCGCUGAGGGUAUUGAGAAGUAUGGUGUGCGCACCUUCUCCCAACAGGAGAUGGCUUUCAACUUGCUCGGUCUCAUGGCCCCUGCCGUUGUCAACCUUUGCCAGAUAGAACCAGUUUGGGCUGACUUGAACGGUGGCUUCCAAUACAUUCCAAACCUCAAGGACCUCAUGACCGACCUCCGCAAGGACCUCAUGGAGACUAGCGACGUUCGAAGGGCUGUCAUCAAGGAGAACGCUAUCGAGAACAAGGUCGUCAACGGCGAAGCCAGCGAGGCGUUGUACAAGAAGGCCAAGAUUGAACCUCGCGCCAACAUGAAGUUUGACUUCCCUAAGCUGCCCGACUGGGACGCAGAGGUCAAGCCUCUUAACGAGGAUCUCAAGGGCAUGGUCGACCUUGAGAAGGUUGUCGUAGUUACAGGUUUCGCCGAGCUCGGUCCCUGGGGUAACUCAAGGACUCGGUGGGAGAUGGAGGCCUACGGCGAAUUCUCCCUCGAGGGCUGCGUUGAGAUUGCUUGGAUCAUGGGUCUUAUCAAGAACCACAAUGGCCCACUCAAGGGCAAGAGCUACUCGGGCUGGGUCGAUGCCAAGACCGGUGAGCCAGUCGACGAUAAAGAUAUCAAGCCCAAGUACGAGAAGUACAUCCUGGAGCACACCGGUAUCCGUCUAAUCGAACCCGAGCUCUUCAACGGCUAUGACCCCAAGAAGAAGCAGCUUAUGCAAGAGAUCCAGAUUGAGGAAGACCUUGAUCCUUUCGAGGCGUCCAAGGAGCUCGCGGAUGAGUUCAAGCGCCAGCAUGGUGAGAAGGUUGAGAUCUUCGCGAUCGAGGAAUCUGGCGAGUAUACUGUCCGAAUGAAGAAGGGUGCUACCCUGCUCAUCCCCAAGGCUCUACGCUUCGACCGCCUUGUCGCUGGCCAGAUCCCUACAGGCUGGAACGCGAAGCAAUACGGCGUCCCAGACGACAUCAUCUCCCAGGUCGAUCCAGUUACCCUCUUUGUGCUCGUGUCGACUGCAGAGUGUCUCCUGUCUAGUGGUAUCACUGACCCCUACGAGUUUUACCAGUAUGUCCACCUGUCGCAAGUCGGUAACUGUGUUGGUUCCGGUAUUGGAGGUACUACUGCUCUGAGAGGCAUGUACAAGGAUCGUUUCCUUGACAGGCCCGUUCAGAAGGAUAUCCUUCAGGAGUCUUUCAUCAAUACGAUGAGUGCCUGGGUAAACAUGUUGCUCUUGUCAUCUACCGGCCCUAUCAAGACACCUGUUGGUGCUUGUGCUACUGCUGUCGAGUCUAUCGAUAUCGGUUACGACACCAUUGUCGAGGGCAAGGCACGUGUCUGCUUCGUUGGUGGCUUUGAUGACUUCCAGGAAGAAGGCUCGUACGAAUUCGCCAACAUGAAGGCCACGAGCAAUGCCGAGGACGAAUUUGCCCACGGACGCACGCCCAAGGAAAUGUCGCGCCCAACCACAACUACCAGGAAUGGCUUCAUGGAAUCGCAAGGUUGCGGUAUGCAGGUCAUCAUGGAUGCUAGGCUAGCAUUGGACAUGGGUGUUCCCAUCUACGGUGUUCUAGCGUUCACCGCUACGGCAACUGACAAGAUCGGUCGCUCAGUCCCUGCCCCGGGCAAGGGUGUUCUGACGACUGCCCGGGAGGUACCAUCCAAGUUCCCAUCGCCUCUGCUCGACAUCAAGUACAGGCGGCGACAAAUGGAUCUGCGACGCAAACAGGUCAAGCAGUGGCAGGAGUCCGAGGUCUUGUAUCUCCAAGAAGAGGUGGCUGCCAUGAAGGCCGUCUCCGGCGAAGACUUCAACGAGGCCGACUACCUGCAAGAGCGUGCUUCAAACAUUGAGCUUGAAGCCAAGCGACAGGAGAAGGAUGCGCUUAACAGCCUUGGUAACAGCUUCUGGAAGCAGGAUCCACGCAUCGCCCCUCUCCGUGGUGCUCUUGCCACAUGGGGUCUCACCAUUGACGACCUCGACGUUGCUUCAUUCCACGGUACAUCCACUGUCGCCAACGACAAGAACGAAUCCGACGUCAUCUGCCAGCAAAUGCGCCACCUCGGUCGCAAGAAGGGCAAUGCUUUGCUCGGUAUAUUCCAGAAGUACCUCACCGGUCACCCCAAGGGUGCCGCUGGUGCCUGGAUGUUCAACGGCUGUCUGCAAGUGCUUAACACUGGUCUCGUCCCAGGUAACCGCAACGCCGACAAUGUGGAUAAGGUCAUGGAGCAAUUUGACUACAUCCUAUAUCCAUCGCAACCAAUCCAGACUGAUGGUGUCAAGGCCUUCUCCGUCACCUCGUUCGGUUUCGGGCAGAAGGGUGCCCAAGCUGUUGGUAUCCACCCCAAGUACCUCUAUGCAGCACUUGACCACGCGCAAUUCGCUACCUACAAGCAGAAGGUUCAGGCCCGCCAGAAGAAGGCUUACCGAUACUUCCACGAUGGCCUCAUCAACAACACCAUGUUCCGCGCCAAGGAUAAGGCACCGUAUGAAGAUGACAAGCAGCAGGAGGUCUUCCUCAACCCACAGGCGCGCGUCACUGUCGACAAGAAGACGUCGACAUACAAGUACCCAGCGCAGUUCGCCCACGCACCGAAGAAGGACAAGAAGGCCGAGGAGACGAUGAAGAUGGUUGAGUCGCUCACUCAGGCCAGCGCCUCUGCCAAUACCAAGGUCGGUGUCGAUGUCGAAAGCCUGAGUGCCCUCAACAUCGAAAACGACACUUUCAUCGAGCGCAACUUCACCGAGAAGGAGAUUGCGUACUGCCAGAAGGCACCUAGCCCACAAGCCAGCUUCACAGGCAAGUGGUCUGCCAAGGAGGCUGUAUUCAAGUCGCUGGGUGUGCAGGGCAAGGGUGCCGGUGCGGCGCUGAAGGACAUUGAGAUUAUCAAUGACGAGACGGGCGCGCCGACUGUUCAGCUCCAUGGGCACGCCCAAGAAGAGGCCCAACGCGUUGGUCUCAAGAAGAUCAACAUUAGCAUCAGUCACUCGGACGACCAGGCUGUGUCGGUUGCUAUUGCGCAGUUCUAG